CUGCCGCGCCCGCGCCGCGUCCCCCGCCGCCGGCUCGCCCAUGUCGCCCGGCUGCCCGCGCCGGCCACGACGAUGACCACUGCCCUGCGGGAUGGGCAGAGCGCCGCGGGCCGGGCGGCCGCCCGCCGCUCGCCGCUGGCCGCCCAGGUGUGCGGCGCUGCCCAGGGGAGGGGCGACGCCCGCGACCCCGACCCCGCGCCGGCCCCCUGGCCGCCCGCGCCGGACGGGACCCGCGGCGGCGCGGCAGACAGGAGAAAAAAGAAAGAUCUGGAUGUUCUGGAAAUGCCAUCUAUUCCAAAUCCCUUUCCUGAGCUAUGCUGUUCUCCAUUUACAUCUGUGUUGUCAGCAGGCCUCUUUCCCAAAGCAAAUUCAAGGAAAAAACAGGUUAUUAAAGUGUACAGCGAAGAUGAGACAAGCAGGGCUCUAGAGGUUCCCAGUGAUAUAACUGCCCGAGAUGUUUGUCAGCUUUUGAUCCUGAAGAAUCAUUACAUCGAUGACCACAGCUGGACCCUUUUUGAACACCUGCCUCAUACAGGUCUAGAAAGAACAAUAGAAGACCAUGAGCUGGUAAUUGAAGUGCUAUCUAACUGGGGAAUGGAAGAAGAAAAUAAGCUAUACUUUAGAAAAAAUUAUGCCAAAUAUGAAUUCUUUAAAAACCCAAUGUAUUUUUUCCCAGAGCAUAUGGUGUCUUUUGCAACUGAAACCAAUGGUGAAAUAUCCCCCACACAGAUUUUGCAGAUGUUUCUAAGUUCAAGCACAUAUCCUGAAAUCCAUGGCUUCUUACAUGCAAAAGAACAGGGAAAGAAGUCCUGGAAAAAGAUUUACUUCCUUCUGAGAAGAUCGGGUUUAUAUUUUUCUACUAAAGGGACAUCAAAGGAACCACGGCAUUUGCAGUUUUUCAGCGAAUUUGGCAAUAGUGAUAUUUAUGUGUCACUGGCAGGCAAAAAAAAACACGGAGCACCGACUAACUAUGGAUUCUGCUUUAAGCCUAACAAAGCGGGAGGGCCCCGAGACCUGAAAAUGCUCUGUGCAGAAGAAGAGCAGAGUAGGACGUGCUGGGUGACCGCCAUUAGAUUGCUUAAGUAUGGCAUGCAACUGUACCAGAAUUAUAUGCAUCCAUAUCAAGGUAGAAGUGGCAGCAAUUCUCAGAGUAUAUCACCCAUGAGAAGUAUAUCAGAGAAUUCCCUGGUUGCAAUGGACUUCUCGGGCCAGAAAAGCAGAGUCAUAGAAAAUCCCACUGAAGCCCUGUCAGUCGCAGUUGAAGAAGGACUUGCUUGGAGGAAAAAAGGAUGUUUACGCCUGGGUACUCAUGGUAGCCCCACGGCCUCUUCACAGAGUUCUGCCACAAACAUGGCUAUCCACCGAUCCCAACCAUGGUUUCACCACAAAAUUUCUAGAGAUGAAGCUCAACGAUUAAUUAUUCAGCAAGGACUUGUAGAUGGUGUUUUCUUGGUUCGCGAUAGUCAGAGUAACCCCAAAACUUUCGUACUGUCAAUGAGUCAUGGACAAAAAAUAAAGCACUUUCAAAUUAUACCUGUAGAAGAUGAUGGUGAAAUGUUCCACACCCUAGAUGAAGGCCAUACCAGAUUUACAGAUCUAAUUCAGCUGGUGGAGUUCUAUCAGCUCAAUAAGGGCGUUCUUCCUUGCAAGCUGAAACAUUAUUGUGCCCGAAUUGCUCUUUAGCAAAGCCAAAAGUGACUUGUUAAACUGUUGAAGGAAAAGGACUUAAGAGAAAGAAAAAAGAAUGAUCACAAAUGAAUAUUGUCAUGGUGAAAAGAAUGUGUUUUACCUACAAGUUACAAAUUAUGAUUUGAGCACUGCAUAGAAGCAAAGAUUUGGAUUGCGAUUACUUUCAUCAUUUAAAGUUUAUUAGUUAAAAUUAAAACUCAGAAAAAAUGAUGUGUAUUCUUGUGUGAUUUUACAUUACUAUGAUAUUUUCUUCAGAUAAGCAAAUUUUAAACAUUUUUUUUUGUUUAGAGUCAUUGGAAUUCUCAACCACAAAGUAAUGAGAAAAGUAGAGAUUCAGAAUGAAUUAUUUGCAGACCAGAUUUCAAUUACAUGACAUUUUUGUAACUUAAAUGAUAAAUACUUGCAUUCCUAAUUACAAGCAGCUACCUAUAACCUAGUAAUAAAUUAAAAACUCUUAAAUUAUAUUUUUUCUGAGUUUAUUAUAACCUUAAAAUUAAACCACAUUUUGAAGUAGCAACUUAAACUUAAUUUAACAUAUAUUGAUUUUUUUCAGGAUGACUUUUAUUACAUUAAGUUAUUAACUUACAGUAAUAUUUACACUGGUAUUGUACCUAUUUUUAGUGGUACCUUAUUCAUUACAUUUUUUCGUUCAUUUAAUAGUUGACUGGAACCAGUUGUUUUUUAAAAAAUGGUCAAAAUAUAGGGGGGAUUUAUGUAAGUUGCACAUUCUGCCUUUGAGCACAUCAUCUAUAACAGUGUAGCAUUGUCUCCUUAACAGUUCAAAUUUUAUACCGUGCUGCAACUUUCAGGCAGCUCUUUCUAUCUUCAUAUACUUUUACAGUUGGAUUACUAACCUGAUCUAAAUUGGUAACAAAGUUUCAAAAUCUAGAAAGAUACUAACAGGUCAAUCUGCACUAUUCUCUUUGCUUCCCUCCUCCCCAACAGAUACCCUUUUUUUCUUUCUUUUUUUCUAAUUUACAUUUCAUUUUUCUUUUCUUUUCUUUAAAUUUUUGAGUAUUUACCAUGACAGCAUCAAUAUGGGAGCCAAAGAUUUUUGAAACUUAUGAAAGUAACCUCCCUUGUAGUUCUAAUACCAUUUGGAAUUCUAUGAUUCUGUUUUCUUACUCUGUGGGAAGAUACUCAUUGUAUUAAAAGGAAAACAAUAAGAAAAAACCAAAUUAUCCAAGAUACACAUUAAAAGCAUACAAAAAUAUCGCUCAUCUCCUCUAAUUGACUUAGACGACAUUUUGAGAAAGUUGAGAGAAAAUGUUUUAGACACUAUUUUUAAAUACACACUUUAAUUUUAAAGAAGGUACAUUUUAAGCAAGGCUUCUGAAAACAUUAAAUGCAAAUAAAUCAUUUGUUGGUAAUAAAAGAAUUAUUGGUGAAAUUUUUAAAAUAUUAAAUUUAUUUUUAGCCAAUGCAAACUUAACUUUUAAACUUCUAAAACUUAGAGUAUAAAUCUGCUAUAAAAUAUUGAUCUGCUAUCUUGGAGGACACACAGACUCUAAAUGGAGAGGCAAGUGAUAAACACACUUGCCCCUUUCAGAAUAGUAUUUUUCUGAGUAUUUCUGAUUUGUUUUCAACUUACCAAAAAACUCUCUGUUCUGAAUUAAAACGUGAUUUGCGCCCAACUGAAAUCAACAAUAUCAUAUAAUGUAAUAUUUUAAAUAGUAGAGUCUCAUAAAUUGACCUACUUGUGCUUGUCUUUGUUACUUGCAUCUUUAACUUCAUUGAGAACCUAAAUUUAUUAUUGUGGAUCCCAGAUUUUGUAUGUAAUUGCUUACUUUGAUCUGAAAGCAUGAGUCAAGAAAAAUUAUUGAGGAAAGGUUAGCAUUAUCAUUCCUGAUUCCUCUGAUAAGGGGUUUUGAAUGUGUGAGUAUGCGUGUGUAAAUCUAAUAUAAAAUUAAAUAUGAGAAUGUUGCAUACCUUCAGAAUUAGUACAGUAUUAAAAUGGAUUUUCAAAAAAUGAGUUACUUCUGGUUUAUAUUUUAUUUCAAUUUAACUUCUGCUAUCAAAACCAUUUUCAAUAAGGUUUAGGCUUAGGAUUGUUUUCUCUGUUGACAUGUUGGUAUUAAUAUGACUCACAAUUUUAUGAAGGAUGUGGU